GUGUGAAAAAAGGCGCGCAGGGAACCGACGCCCAGGCAGCAGCGCGAAGGAGCACCGCCUUCCUGGGCGGAACCCCCAGCGGAAGGUGGGGCCGGGGGCGGGGCCUGCGGCCGCGGGAAUCCCGUUCCUGCCCCUUUCCCCACCCCUCCGAGUGUCGCCAUGGCCCCAGCUCUGCUCCUGGUCCCUGCUGCCCUCGCCUCUUUCAUCCUGGCCUUUGGCACCGGAGUGGAGUUCGUGCGCUUUACCUCUCUUCGGCCACUUCUUGGAGGGCUCCCGGAGCCUGGUGGUCCGGAUGCCCGCCAAGGAUGGCUGGCUGCCCUGCAGGACUGCAGCAUCCUUGCCCCCCUGGCUUGGGAUCUGGGUCUCCUGAUACUAUUUGUGGGGCAGCACAGCCUUAUGGCAACUGAGACAGUGAAGGCGUGGAUGUCUCGAUAUUUUGGGGUCCUUCAGAGGUCACUGUACGUGGCAUGCACUGCCCUAGCCUUGCAGCUGGUGAUGCAGUACUGGAAACCUGUACCCAGAGGCCCUGUGUUGUGGGAGGCUCGGGCUGAGCCAUGGGCCACCUGGGUGCCCCUCCUCUGCUUUGUGCUCCACGUCAUAUCCUGGCUCCUCAUCUUCAGCAUCCUUCUCGUCUUUGACUACGCCGAGCUCAUGGGUCUCAAACAGGUGUACUAUCAUGUGCUGGGGCUGGGUGAACCUCUGGCCCUGAAGUCUCCCCGGGCUCUGAGACUCUUCUCCCACUUGCGCCACCCAGUCUGUGUGGAGCUGCUGACAGUGCUGUGGGUGGUGCCCACCCUGGGCACUGACCGCCUCCUCCUUGCUCUCCUCCUUACACUCUACCUGGGCCUGGCUCACGGACUUGACCAGCAAGACCUCCGCUACCUCCGGGCUCAGUUACAAAGAAAACUCAACCUCCUCUCCCGGCCCCAGGAAGGUGAGGCUGAGUGAAGAGCUCACCUGGUUCCAAGCCCUGCACUUCCUCUCCUUUAACAUACAGGUCCUGACUGCUUCAGACCAGAGGCCCAAGUCUAUGGACUGAAAGGGCUGUCCCUUCCCGUUUUGAGCCUCCACUCCUUGGGCCCAGCUCAUACCCUAAAUUCUGAGUUUCAACCACUGGACUUCAAGAUCUCACCAGCCAGGAAAAGGGGGUGGGAAACAUGUCUUCUCACAGUUUAGGGCUUGAUCCACACCGCUCCCCACCCCACCCCCAAGACCUCCUUAUAAAGGAAGAAGGGUGGGCCUGACCACUUCCCUCCCACUGUUACUUGAUUGUGUGCCUCAGGGAUCCCCUUCUCCUUCAGCUUCCCUUCCUAGGAGCAGGGUCUGCAGGUUUGAUGGUAGUGCCUGCCCCACUGGCUGGCCUAGCCGCCUCCUUAGGCUCUGCCCCUGGGCUCUGUCCUCUAACCUAGUUGAGAGGAUCCUUCCGCUCUUAUGUUCUCCCGAGGAACACGCGCAGCAGAAAAAUAAAAUUCAUACUGUUUUUUCUACAUA